GUUUGCUUUGACAGUGGUGUAACAACCAUCGUGAGAGUCACGCCGGACUGUUCGUCUCAGAAUUGACGAGAGCCGUAUAUCGUAUAUUUUCGAAAAAUCGAUCGUCGCGCUUCGCCUCACGAGGGAGCGAUUUGCACCCCCACUCGCUGCUACUCAUUCGAAAGUUUAUCGCGCCUCUCUCGACUCAGUCCUUCAUCGCAUGCGGUCGAAUUAUAAAGUCGUCCUCGUUCAAAUUUGAAAGGAUACUGUUUGAAGAUAUUUUUCCUUUCUUUCUGAAAAUUGUUGCAAAAGUGCGAGAUUUGUUGCUAUUGACGACUAAUAAAAAUCCUUUCCGUUGCGAGGAAGAAGCGGCAGUCGAGCAGUGGAUUUGAUCGAGGUGAGAUCGAUGACUUCAAAUACAUUUACAGGUGUUUGACUAAAUAUUAAAGAGAAGAAUAGAAUCGACAGUUUCGUGCUAAAUGCAAGGGUACUGAUAUUAUGAUAUUUUACGAGCGUAUUGUGUGUAAUAUGUGCGCGUAAACAUUAUCUGCGAUACGAAAUUCUUUUGCGAUUAAAAGGCAAAAGUCACCCUUUUCGGGAAAUGAUGGUGGUUCUUAUCCUGUCCGGAAGCGCAUAUUAAUCGACUAAGGAGAAUAAUGUUGACGGCGCUCCUCUGCGGCUCCUCUUAAAAGGGUGUCUCAUCGUGCCCUCAUCCGUUUAAUAAUUCGAUCGUUAAGUGAUGUCAUUCGUUCUGUUCCGUUAAAAGAUGCUUUUCACGUUGUAAAGUGACCCUCGUCGAGAGAAGUUGUACACUUACGAUGGGCAAGCUUUUGAGUCUUUUGGCUCGAGACGAGUCUACCUGUUGCACGCCUCAAAAGUACGAUGUCUUCUUAGAUUUCGAAAAUGCGCAGCCAUCGGAUAUCGAACGCGAGACGUUUGAGGCAGUGCAAAGGGUGCUGAAAAAUUCAGAAUCUAUUUUGGAAGAAAUACAAUGCUACAAAGGAGCCGGAAAAGAAAUCAGAGAAGCGAUUUCGGCGCCCACAGAGGAAUGUCAAAGAAAAGCUUAUCUAACCGUAGCACCCCUCGUCGCAAAACUCAAACGAUUUUAUGAGUUUUCCUUGGAACUCGAAAGGGUUGUACCGAAAAUUUUGGGGCAAUUGUGCUCGGGAAAUCUCUCACCGACGCAACAUCUGGAAACGCAGCAGGCCCUAGUCAAGCAAUUGGCAGAGAUAUUGGAAUUCGUAUUGAAAUUCGACGAGCAUAAAAUGAAAACGCCGGCGAUCCAGAAUGACUUCAGUUACUAUCGGAGAACGUUGACGAGAGCAUCGUUGGCGCGACAGGACAACACCGAGAAGGAUCUAGUUGUCGGCAACGAGCUCGCCAACCGAAUGUCCUUGUUCUACGCCCACGCGACACCCAUGCUUCGUGUUCUGAGUCACGCGACCAUUACUUUCUUGAUGGACAACGAAGAUAUAGCAAGAGAAAAUAUAACAGAAACGCUUGGUACAAUGGCAAAAGUGUGUCUUCGAAUGUUGGAAAAUCCGAAUCUGUUGGCGCAAUUCCAACGAGAGGAGACUCAGCUCUUCGUUUUAAGGGUCAUGGUGGGUUUGGUGAUCCUCUACGAUCAUGUACAUCCCCAAGGUGCCUUUGUAAAGGGUUCGAAUGUGGAUGUCAAAGGCUGUGUGAAACUAUUAAAGGAUCAGCCACCUUGUAAGAGCGAAGGUCUGCUGAACGCCCUCCGUUAUACUACGAAGCACUUGAACGAGGAAAACACGCCGAAAAAUAUAAAGAACCUGCUGGCCGCAUGAUUACCGAAGCAACGCGGCUGCUGCAUCAGAAGUUGAAGCUUGCCGAAGCCGCGCUUCUUCGCAAACAUUUUUCGAGCGGUAUCGUUUUGAACGACCGUCUCUAGUAGUUCCGAAGAUCCAAGAGUCUCUCAUUAGCGCGUAAAGCGGUCUUCUUUUCCACGCGCAUCCGGUUUGGCGGACCACACGUAUAUUCUCGGAACUACGUCGAAAGCUGCCCUUAAACUGCCGAGAAUAUUUGAAGUCUUCGAAUGAAAAAUAAUUCAUUGACACGUUGACGUAACGAUUGAUCGCCACGUGCUUCUUUUAUUUUCCUAUGAUCGUCCGAGAGAGUUCACGUGUAUGAUUACUUAUUAUUUUUGCUGAUAUUAUAUGUUACGCGCGAAACAAACAUUGUUGUGUGUCGCGGUGAUCUUCCAAACUUUCAAAUAUUCCCUCUUUCAUUUAAAGCACUUAAAGUUUUCAUUAAGCAUUGAUGUUUCUGUUAGUGAGUUUUCAAUUUACGAAAUCUUUUCAUCGAUAGGAAAAGUUGAGUAAAAUAGACUUUGACGAUUAAAUUUUUGCGCACAGUGAUUUUUUUGCAGCGUUUCAACCAAAGUUGUUUAUUAACAUAAUUUCCGCCCGGACAGGACGGGAAGUUAAUUAGAGCAUAUCAUAGUGUAUUUAGGAUAACAUAGAUUGUGAACUUUUGGGGGUGUGUUACGAAGAGAGCUUUAAUCACGUUAUGGAUAUUAUGGAGAUUUUUAGCUCUUGUUUUCUUUGUUGAAUGGCGGGCGAGAGGGUGGAUUGUGAGACUGUGAGGUAUUGUAAGUCGAAAAGUCGAAUAUUGCCGGAACAAAUCUCAUUUUAUCGAUAUAACCGCGUAUUUGGAAAGUAUUUGGAAUCUAUAUUUGAAAUGUAUCUCAAAUAUUAUUGUGUGAUUUAAAAUCAUAUUUUGUAAUCUUUGAUUGAGAAGUAGAAGAACACCAAAGAUGCUUUUAGGAUAGCAAAGUUGCGAGAAUGACAGAUGUGAUUUGUUAUUAUUAAUAUUAUUAUCAUUAUUAUACUAUAUUAUUUUUUAUUAUUAUUAUUAGAAAUGAUCUUAUGUGAAAGUAUUUAAUAAUCAACGAACGCAUGUUCUGCGAUAUAGGUCAAUGAUCAUUAUCUACAUAUAAAUACGGAUGUACAAAUGUAAUUGUACACGAUAAUUUGCUGUAUUUUCUUCUAACACACGCAAUCAUACAUCUUAAACAAAAGUGAUUUAAAUUCCGGAUUUUUUGCAUCAAGAAAUUUAUUACAGAUUUAGCACGGAUUAUUUUGAGUCUAUCAAAAGAUAUUUAUUAUAUAGUUUUGGAAUAUUACUAUUAGAUUAUCAGUUUUCAAACAGUUAUAUAUGACUAUGCUUUUGUUUUUUCUUUUUAUAUUUUCACAGACUAAAAGAUUAUUCUAUGUUCCAAUUUCCAAUGCUAAUUUUUGAUCUACCAUAUUUUUUUAUUUUUGAAUAUUCUUCAGAAACAAAUAUCAGAAUUUAAAACAGUUCUCUCUACAUAUUGCAAUUUUUUACUAUCAUACUGAGGAAAAAUUUGCGACGAACAUUUAAUAUUAAUUUUUUUUAUACAUACAGGUGACGCGUAAAUAUGAGAAAAAAAUUUACAGGAAUUUUCGAACUGACUUUAACACAAAACAUCUUCUUGCACGUUUUAGAGAUUAAUACUUUGAAGACUGCUUGCCGACCAUAAUGUGAAACCUUGUGUGUAAGUAUUACGUGAAAAAAAAUAAAAAAUCACACAUUUACAUAAGAAUUUACCAUGAACGCUCAUCAGUAGCGAACCUCAAACACUCACGUUGUAUAUAUACAGAUUGUUAUGAUAUAUUAACGAUAUUCACACAGAUAUUACUGUUACAUUGGCACUCCAUUGUAAUAAGUGCCCUGAAUUAUUGCCUUGGUAAUUUUUAAGGAAAAGAUAAUGAACACAGUAUUUAAUUAAUUUUACAUUCGUUAUAUGCUUUAUUUUGUAACGUUAUUCAAUGUCAAUUAACACGAGAAAUAUUAUUGUCGCACAUAUUAGGAUUGUACUUGAGUUAAAUUAAAGUCCCCUGAAACGUA